AUGCGGCGUUUGGCACUCCUGACUGCAGCGGCUACGGCCCUGGGCGCCUACGCUGAGACACUCAGCAGCGCUACGCAAGAGUUCGAGGCGAGCUCCUCGCAGAUGCUCUCAAGACUCAGCAAGGUCAUUGGAAGCCAAUAUGGCCUUGAAUCGAUCAAGAGCCUCCCCGAGCACAAGCAGGAGUUGCUCUGCAUAGGCACAGCCUCUUCAGGGUCCGUGGAUAAGGUAGCGCUUAAGCUGGCGUUGGGCGCAGACGGAGCGACCGAUAUCAACAACGUCCACACCUACCUCCAGGAGCGAUGCCACGCGAACGGCCCCGUGACAAACAUCAAGGGCGUUGCUCAACCGGACUUUGGCUUUCCUAGCUACAAUAAGAACAAGCUUUGCGACUUACUCCGAAAUGCAGAUAAGGCACUCGACUCGACCGUCAUCGGCGACAUCGCCGAAACGUUGGGAUUCGCCAAACCCUUUUCGAAGAAGUUUGGCCACCUCGUCUCUUCCAAAUGCGGGGUAAGCCAUUUAUCUUGA